CGUUUUGAACUUCUUGCAUACCCUGAAAAUGAUUCAUUCUUGAAGCCACUUAGGAUUAGGGAAAGGAAAGAGAGUUUAGCCUACUUUAUUUCUUAGGGACCCCACCUACCGGUUCCUAUGCUAUUUUAAGAAAUUCUGAAAUACCCAUAUUCCGAAUAUGCGUAUUUUGUUAAAUAUUUCCCGGGAAAUAUCACAAGCAAAAGCAAAGCAGACCGACGACAGUGCUGAUUGUCAAAACAAAGUUGAUUUACAACAUAAAAUCUAGAUCUACUUCUUGAUUCACAAUGAGCAAAAGUGCCACCACCAAUUUACCAUGGGUGGAGAAAUAUCGACCAAAGCAGUUGGAUGAUCUCAUUUCUCACAAGGACAUCAUUACCACAAUAAGCAAAUUUGUUUCGGAAGACCGACUGCCACAUUUGCUCUUCUAUGGCCCGCCAGGAACUGGAAAAACAAGCACCAUUCUCGCUGUAGCAAAACAAAUCUACUCACCUAAAGAGUUCAACUCUAUGGUUUUAGAGUUGAACGCAUCGGAUGAUCGUGGUAUUGGGAUUGUGCGAGGUCAGGUAUUGAGCUUUGCAAGUACAAGAACAAUUUUCAAGAAAGGAUUCAAGAUUGUCAUAUUAGAUGAAGCUGACGCCAUGACAAAGGAUGCUCAGAAUGCGCUGAGACGAGUUAUUGAAAAGUUCACGGAGAAUACAAGAUUCUGCAUCAUCUGCAACUACUUGUCCAAGAUCAUCCCCGCACUUCAGUCUCGGUGCACGCGGUUUAGGUUUGGGCCCCUGCAUCAAGACCAGAUGGUCUCAAGAUUAGAACAUGUUAUAGCACAGGAAAGUGUAAAGGUGACAGAAGAUGGCAUGAAGUCCCUGGUGACUCUGUCCGGAGGGGACAUGCGGAAAGCCCUCAACAUUCUCCAGAGCACGUCCAUGGCGUAUGAGGAAGUCAGUGAAGACAAUGUGUACACAUGUGUGGGACAUCCGCUCCGCAAGGAUAUUGAGAGCAUUGUGGACUGGGUGCUGAAUGAGAGUUUUACCACUGCCUACCACAAUAUCAUGAAGCUCAAAACAGCAAAAGGUCUUGCCCUGGAGGACAUACUUGCAGAUGUGCAUGCUUAUGUACACAGAAUUGAUUUCCCUAUUGCUGUGAGAAUGCAGCUCCUGGAGAAAAUGGCAGAUACUGAGUAUAGACUUGCUUCUGGCACCAGUGAAAAAAUCCAGAUGGGUUCCUUCAUCGCAGCAUUUCAGAUAGCCAGAGACCUCAUUGCGAAGGACGCUGUAUGAAUUUUCAGUCGCGGUUGUUGUUUUUUUUUGGGGGGGGGGGGGGGGGGGGGUUCUGUUAUAUGAUUGUACUGGGGUUGUUGUUGUGUCGGAGUUUGAUGUUAUAUUUGAUGAGUGAGUGAUGUAUUGAUCCUGUAAUUUCAGUUUGAUGAUCAUGAAAAAGGAUUGCCUAUUUUGUCCUUUUUAUACAUUGCAAGCAAUGUGAAUAAAUGUUUUUCGCCAUAUAA